UUGUUAUCUGCUAUAUUAGUUGACUGUCUCUCUGGAGGCCACAGUCCACUGAGCCUCCCAGUCCGUCAACAUGGGUCAGUGGACGCUGCACAACAUUUUGUUUCUCCUGCUUCUCUGCAAAUCUGAUGGACAGAUUGACAGUUUAAGAAGAACCCACUGGCGUGACAGAUUAAUGCCGUUUGGCAGAUAUGUGGAUCUCCAUAACCUACCAAACACAAACAACGUUAUUUCUACGCCAAGGUUCACCCUGCUGGCUCCAGACCUGCUGAGGACAGAAAACCAGGAGAACAUCUACCUGCAGGCUGAUGGUCUAUCCAGUCCCAUCACUGUCUCCAUCUCCAUCAGGGACUUCACUAAGACCACCACGCUGCUCCAGGACUCUGUCAUACUCAAUCCAGAAAAUGGUUUUCAUGCUCUCAAGGCGAUACAGCUUCCCUCAGAUCGUUUGAAUCGUGAGGAGACAAGGAACAAGUUUGUGUUUCUGAAGGUGGACUUUGGAGGCCUCCACUCUGAGGAGAGGGUACUGAUGGUGUCCUUUCAUUCUGGACACAUCUUCAUCCAGACAGACAAACCCAUCUAUAAGCCUGGAGAUACUGUUCGGUUCAGAGCCUUUGUGUCCUCUCCUUCCUUUAAGGCCUUUGAGAGCUCUGUCACAAUAGAUAUCCAGAAUCCAGAUGGUGUGGUGGUCAAACAGCUACUCAGGACAAAAGCUGCUGAUGGUGUCUUUGCAGACACGUUUCCUCUCUCUGAAAUGGUCAAUGAAGGAACAUGGAUGAUGACAGCAAAGUUUGACCAUUGGAAGCAGAACACGUUCACCUCCCAGUUUGAGGUGAAGAAGUACGUGCUUCCUGCCUUCAAUGUUACCUUGACUCCCAGGAAGUCCUACCUCGACCUGGAUGACAGUGAACUGGUUGUAGAGAUCUCGGCCAGGUACCUGUAUGGGGAGCCAGUCCAGGGCACAGCCUAUGUGGUGUUUGGAGUCAAGAUCAACAAAGAGAUGAUAAGGCUGCCCUCUGUGAAGCAGGUGUCAGAUCUGGAUGGAGGAGUCAUCAGACUGAGCAUGGAGGAGAUCAAGAGAGCGUACCCGAACACUAGAUCUUUGGUGGGAAACUCUGUGUAUGUCAAGGCCUCUGUGCUCACCAAGACAGGCAGUGACCUAGUUGAAGCCGAAAAGUCCGGGAUUAAAAUCGUGGAGUCUCCAUAUGUCGUAUCCUUCAAAGACAUACCAAAGUACUUCAAGCCAGGCCUGCCCUUUGACUUCACAGUCCAGGUGAGUCACCAUGAUGGUUCCCCGGCCAACAAUGUUCUGGUCAAGCUGAAUUUCUUGGAGACAGCACUGGUCGUCAACUCCGGCACUGCCCAAGCCACCGUCAACAUGCCCAAUGAUCAACGCCCACAAACCAUUAUUGCUGAGACCACACAGGCUGGCCUGAGACCAGAUCAACAAGCCAAGCAACAGAUCACUGUUCAUCCAUACAUGACCUUUAACCAGCGCCAGCGGAACUAUCUGUACAUCUCUACAGGGACCAACACAGUGUCUGUGGGAGACAGACUGUCCCUGAUGCUGACCAUCACAGUUGCAGACCAAACCCACAAAGACUUAAUCAAACACAUCACGUACCUGGUGCUCAACAAGGGCAAAAUCAUAAGUGCUGUUCGCCUGGAUGUGACCGGUCAGUUGGUCACCAGCGUUGGGCUGACAGUCACCCCAGACAUGAUGCCAUCGUUCCGUUUUGUGGCGUACUACAGCAUUCCCUGGGUGGGGCGUGAAGAGGUGGUGUCAGACUCCAUCUGGGUGGAUGUGGCAGAUUCCUGUGUUGGAGGGCUGAAAGUUGGACCAGUGGAUGGCAUACGCCGAGACUAUGCACCUGGGAAGAGCUUUAGUUUUCAGGUCAGAGGUGACCCGGGGGCAAAGGUCAGCCUGGUGGCUGUGGACAACGCUGUCUAUCUGCUCAACAAGGACAGACUGACACAGAAGAAGAUUUGGGAAGUGGUGGAACAUGGAGACAUUGGCUGCACUCACGGGGGAGGAGGCAAUGCUAUGGGAGUGUUCACAGAUGCAGGACUGCUCUUCGCCUCUAGUGCCGGGUUCAAAACUCAGACCAGACAAACCUUGGAGUGUCCAGGCGGUGCCAGAAGGAGGCGCUCUGCUGAACUGUUGCAGCGUAAAGCCCAGCUGGAGAGUCACUACAAGGAGAGUCUGCAGCGUCGCUGCUGUAAGGACGGACUGAGGGAUAUCCCUAUGCCGUACUCCUGUACGCGACGCUCUUUCUACAUCACUGAGGGCUGGGAGUGCAUCCGGGCUUUCCGCUACUGCUGCGCCACUUACAGGGGCCAGGUGUUUGACACUGAAAUCCCCACCACCCCACCACCCACGACCACGACUCCCCCCACCACCACCCCACCACCCAGGCCCACUUUUCACUUCUCUUCAACAUUCGACCUUCCACUAAGGAUGACACCCUACUCCAGGCAGUUUGACUGGGCUUAUAGACCUUUACCUGGACUACCUGGACUACCUGGACCACCUGGACCACCUGGACGGCCUGGACCACCUGGAUUGCCUGGAAUGUCUGGACCACCUCUACUUGAACGGAGGACGUUAUCCAAUGCAAAGAAAAUGGAAGAAAAAGAACCAGUGUUGGCAGUGGCAAGGGGGGAAGUGGAUGAAGGCGAGGAGGAAGAGGAAGAGUGGGAGUACCUGGAUCAGACUGAUGUGUAUCUGCGUUCCAAAUUCUACGAGUCGUGGCUGUGGAUGGAUGUUAACCUGCCCACCCAGACAGACAGAGACGGGUUGGCGUCUAAGAACGUGGAAAACCCCUUACCUGACAGCAUCACAGAGUGGGGAGUUCUGGCCAUUAGUGCAUCACCUAAUACAGGUUUCUGUGUGGCUGAACCUUACAACUUCAGAGCAUGGAAGCGUUUCUUUGUGGACCUGAAGUUGCCAUAUUCGGUGGCGAGGAACGAACAGGUCGAGAUUAAAGCUGUGAUCCAUAACUACGGCUACGAAGACCUGCAUCUAAGGGUGACGCUGAUGAAGACAGAAGGCAUGUGCAGCAUCGCAUUUAAGGACAGACACACACAGGAGGUGACGCUGGCAGUUGGAUCUUCUGUAGCGGUGCCCUACACCAUUGUACCACUGGUGGUGGGGAAACUUCCUCUGGAGGUGAUGGUAGUCGCCAGAGACAUGAUGGGAGGAGACCGCAUCCAGAAAUCUCUACGGGUGGUGAUGGAUGGGGUGCAGAAGACUGAAGUUUGGAGUGUGGUGUUGAAUCCAUCGGCUGAAGGAGGAACGCAGACGGUUCGAGUUGGCAAGAUCGAACUGGAGUCAGUGGUGCCUAACUCAGUGCCAGAGACAUUCAUCAAUGUCAGAGGCAACGUGUUGGCAGACAGCAUUGAUAACUCCAUCAGUGACGACUCUCUGGCGUCUCUUAUCCAGAUGCCCGGCGGCUGUGUGGAGCAGAACUUGGCCAGAAUCACUCUGCCACUCAUCGCCACUCUCUACCUGGACCGAACCAACAACUGGGAGAGUGUGGGGGUGCAGCGCAAGGCUGAGGCUAUACGAUACAUCAGGAGAGGUUAUGAGAACCAGCUGGCAUACAGAAAAAGUGAUGGCUCUUACCCCCCAUAUAGGCGCGAAGGUGCAAGUACAUGGAUCACAGCAUACGUGGUGAAGGUGUUCUCCAUGGCUUACUCCAUCAUCGGUAUCGAUGAACAGCAAGUGUGUGAACCUCUGCUCUACCUGGUGAAGAACAAACACCGUUUUUUCCCAGGAAAGUUUGUCGAGGACAACCCGGUUUACAGCACUACCAUGACUGGCGGUCUCAGAGGUGACGACCCUGAAAUAACCCUGACGGCUUUUGUUCUCAUAGCGCUCGGUGAGGCUAAACAUGCAGGGAUCCACUGCACUCAUCCAGAUGUGAAUAUGGAGUUAGUCAUUAAUAAAACAGCCGACUACCUGAAGACAGCGCUGAAGAAGCCGAGUCGGAGACCAUACACAGUGGCCAUUGCCUCCUAUGCAUUGGCUCUUCUGGGGAAUCCUCACCGUUAUAACCCAACACUGCCAUUACUCAAAGCAGCAGGUCCAGGACGCAGCCACUGGCCCGACCGUCAUAACACACUGUUCACCUUGGAGGCGACGGGCUACGCCCUGCUGGCUCUGGUGAAGUUGGGUCACAUGGAGCAGGCUGCACUACCCUUUAAAUGGCUGAACAGCCAGCGAAGAAGAGGUGGCGGCUUUGGCUCCACUCAGUCCACCAUGGUGGUUCUCCAGGCACUGUCAGAGUACCUGAUCAACAAACCCCCUCCCGAUGACCUCAGUCUGGAUGUGGACGUCAGGCUGACAGGACGCAAGGAAAUCCGCUACCACUUUAACCCCAGUACUGCGUAUGCUGCUCGCUCCUCCAGGUUGCCUGCGAAUCUUGAUUUGGAGGUGGAGGCUCGAGGGAAUGGACAGGGAAUACUGGAGGUUGUGACCUAUUACAACCAAGUGCAUGAGGUGGAUGAGAAAACGCCCUGCAGGCACUUCGAGCUCAACGUCACUAUUGAAGAAUCCAGCGAAAAGCCUCCAGCAGAUGUAGAAAAGUCCUACCAGAUCAACAUCCAAGUGAAAGCUUUAGGAUCCCGAGAUGUCAGGAUGGUGGUCCUGGAUAUCAGUCUACCCACUGGCUUCACCCCAGAAAACUCAGAUCUGGAGAUGUUGUCCAACUCAGUGGACCGUUACAUCAAUAACUUCCAGAUCGUUGAUAACCUGAGUGACAGAGGCUCUCUGAUCAUCCACCUGUUCAAGGUGUCACACAAAGAGCCAGAGAUUCUGAUCUUCAGGCUUCAGCAGAGCUUUAAAGUCGGCCUCCUCCAGCCAUCCUCAGUUACUGUCUAUGAGUAUUACAACCCAGAUCACCGCUGCAGUCGUACCUACACUCCCCGCGAGAACAAAGAGGAGCUCUCUCGGAUCUGCAGAGACAACAUCUGCCGCUGCACACAGGGUGACUGCUGCGUGUCCAAAACUGACAGUGAAGAUUUCCCCAACAAAGAGAGAGAGACAUUUGCCUGCAAGAGCUUACACCAUGUUUUCAAGGUGAAGGUGCUGAGUGUCAGCCAGAGUUACUACGACAAAUAUGAGAUGGAGAUCACACAAGUUAUCAAGCUGGGUGAGGAGGCUGGAGUUGAAGUUGGCCAGAAGAGGUUUUUAAUGUCUCAUGGAGGAUGUAGAGAGAGGCUCAACCUGGAGCAGGGCUCCCAGUACCUGAUCAUCGGCCCCAAAGAGGAUCAGUGGAACAUCGACAGUGAGACAAACAGAUUCAUCUACAUGUUAGGAAAGGACACCUGGGUGGAGCGCUGGCCUUCAUCUGCUGAGUGCUCCAGCAAUCCAAGCCUGCAAGCUAAAUGCAAGAGCCUUAAUGAUGCUGCAUAUGAAUUGUCCGUCAAUGUCUGCAGGCUGUAGAGGUGUCAUAGAGUGCCAUUUUAUUGCAAAUAUGGCAACUAACUGUGUACCCAAAGAUUUAAUGGUCUUGUUAACCUAGUCUCUGUGAUAAGAACAUUUUUUGUGUCUUCACUGUGGAAAAAAGUGAAAGUGAAAGUGUAGCUAGUUAUAACAAUGUACCAGUAAGGUUCUUCUCUAUGGUGGUGACAUAAUAAGAAUGAAGAACAAUGAAAAAUGUUGUUGAGAUAAAAUACAGUAUACUGUAGACAGGAACCACCCACUUUUUACAAAUGUACAGCUUGACAAAUGUAUUUGAAGUUUAAAGGUCAGUGAAUUUACCGUUCUGAUUUACAGCAUGUACCAAUAGCUAAAGUACUAAUAGCUAUUCAUAAAUUUACUUUGUUGUUAAUUUGAAGUUUUAUACCAAAUGACCUUGAGGGACUUGAAUUUCCCUCCAAAAUAUUCCAUUGUUGAGGUUUUUCUGUGUGUGCUACUAAAUUAAAUAGGCCUCUGGAAAACAUGUCAAAUUCUGUUUACAGUCAAAGGUAUUUGUAAUAAAUAAUCUGCAGUUUAAAGCUAACCUGUGUUGAUUAAAGAUAAUAAAUUGAACUCA